AUCACGAAUUGAUUCUGAUAAGGAUCCCAAUAUUCGCAAUGGAAUUCUGGACGAUACUGCUAUCCACCGUGAUAGGUCUACUUGGUAUACACUAUCUUUUUAGAAAAUUCAAUUACUUCAAUAGAAACGGUAUUAUCCAUGUUCCAUCUGUAUUAAUACUUGGUGACAUGGCUGCGAUUAUAUUUCGCCGGAUAUCAUUCGCAAAUUUUCUCCAAAAGCUCUAUUACUACAAACCGAACGCGAAAUAUUUUGGAUUCGGUACAUUGCAACCUGUAAUUUUAUUGCGCGACCCGGAGCUUAUCAAGGAAAUCUUCAUCAAGAAUUUCGAUUCGUUUCCUAAUCGCCAAAGUUUAAGCGAAUUUAAUGACAUCUUAUUUUCAAAAAAUUUGUCCGCCCUUCGCGGACAAAAAUGGCGAGAUGUAAGGGCUUUAUUGAGUCCGGCCUUUACAUCCAGCAAGAUGAAAACCAUGUACACUUUGAUGACAGAAUGCGCUGUGAAUUUUGUCAAGACUCUAUCGUACAUAUCAGCAAAGAAGAGCGACAUGGAUAUGAAGAACAUAUUCUCCAAGUAUACAAAUGAUGUCAUUGCUACAUGUGCCUUUGGAAUUAAAGUGGAUUCAAUGAACGAUCCCAACAACAAUUUCCACCACUAUGGCAAAGAAGCGACUAAUUUCAUCAGGGGCCGUGCAUUCAAGUUUAUGUUCGUUAGAACAUUCCCGAAACUCUCGAAUCUUCUACGUCUAAGGUUUCUAAGCAACGAUGCUACCAACUUUUUCAGAGACGUUAUACAAACCACGAUUGCUACUCGUGAUGCUAAAAACAUUACGCGUCCGGAUAUGAUACAGUUGAUGAUGGACAUGAGGGGUAAACAUGAAAACGAGAGAGAAUUGAGUAUCGAUGAUAUGGUUGCACAGGCGUUUGUUUUCUUUCUUGGAGGUUUCGAAACUAGUUCAAUCGCGAUGUCCUUUAUUGCCCAUGAAGUUGCAGCUAAUCCGGAUGUUCAAGCGAAGUUAUGGCAAGAGAUCGACGAAGUUUUGGAAAACUCAAACGGUGAAGUGACUUACGAAACAAUCAAUGGGCUUAAAUAUUUGGAUGCGGUAAUAAGCGAAGUUCUCAGAUUAUAUCCGCCGGCUGUAUUUAUUGAAAGACAAUGUGAGAGACCUUAUGAAUUGCCGCCCGCAUUGCCAACUGAGAAAUCCAUCAUCCUGAAGAAAGGUCAAUUAAUCUGGGUCCCGAUCUACGCGAUUCACCGUGAUGAAAAGUACUAUGAUGAACCGGAAAAGUUUUGUCCGGAAAGAUUUUUCGAUAAGAACUCAUAUUAUAAUUCUCCGUGUUACGCUCCGUUUGGAUUAGGGCCGCGGAUGUGUAUAGCGAAUAGGUUCGCGUUGCUCGAGAUCAAAGUCUUAAUGUUUCACCUGUUAUCGCAGUGCGAGCUGAAACCUUGUGCGAAAACUACUUUACCGAUGAAAUUAAGCAAGAAAGGUUUGGCUAUGAUGCCGGAAGGUGGAUUCUGUAUCCACCAUCUUUUUAGAAGAUUCAAUUACUUCAAAAGGAACGGUAUUAUCCAUGUUUCACCUGUACUGGUAAUUGGUGGUAUGGCUUCGGUCCUAUUUCGCCGGAUAUCACUCGCAGAUUAUCUCCAUAAGCUCUACUACUACAAACCGAAUGCAAAAUAUUUUGGAUUCUACGCCACGUCGCGACCUGUCAUUUUAUUACGUGACUCGGAGCUUAUCAAGGAAAUCUUUAUCAAGAAUUUUGAUUCGUUUCCUAAUCGCCGUGGUUUGGGCGAAUUCAAUGACAUCUUAUUUUCAAAAAAUUUGUUCUCUCUUCGCGGACAAAAAUGGCGAGACGUGAGGACUUUAUUGAGUCCAGCCUUUACAUCCAGCAAGAUGAAAACUAUGUACAACUUGAUGACAGAAUGCGCUGUGGACUUUGUCAAGGCUCUAUCGUAUAUAUCAGCAGAUAAGAGCGACAUGGAUAUGAAAGACGUAUUUUCCAAGUAUACGAACGAUGUCAUCGCCACAUGUGCUUUUGGAAUUAAAGUCGAUUCCAUGAACGAUUCCAUCAACAAUUUCUACCUUCAUGGCAAAGAAGCUACUAGUUUCCUUGGGACCCGCGCCUUAAAGUUUUUUUUCGUUAGAACAUUCCCGACACUCUCGAAUCUUCUCCGUCUAAGGUUUCUAAGCGAGAAUACUACCAACUUUUUCAAAGACAUUAUACAAACCACGAUCGCUACUCGCGAUGCUAAAAACAUUACGCGUCCGGACAUGAUACAGUUGAUGAUGGACAUCAGGGGUAAACGUGAAAACGAGAGAGAAUUGAGUAUCGAUGACAUGGUUGCACAGGCGUUUGUUUUCUUUCUCGGAGGUUUCGAAACCACUUCAACCGCGAUGUCCUUUAUAGCUCAUGAGCUUGCAGCUAAUCCGGAUAUCCAAGCGAAGUUACAACAUGAGAUCGACGAAGUUUUGGAAAACUCAGACGGUGAAGUGACUUACGAAACAAUCAAUGGGCUUAAAUAUUUGGAUGCGGUAAUAAGCGAAGUUCUCAGAUUAUAUCCGCCGGCUGUAUUUAUUGAAAGACAAUGUGACAGACCUUAUGAAUUGCCGCCCGCAUUGCCAAGUGAGAAAUCCAUCAUCCUGAAGAAAGAUCAGUUAAUCUGGGUCCCGAUCUAUGCGAUUCACCGUGAUGAAAAGUACUACGAUGAACCGGAAAAGUUUCGUCCGGAAAGAUUCUUCGAUAAGAACUCAUAUUAUAAUUCUCCGUGUUACGCUCCGUUUGGCUUAGGACCGCGGAUGUGUAUAGCGAAUAGGUUCGCGUUGCUUGAGAUCAAAGUCUUAAUGUUUCAUCUGUUAUCGCAGUGCGAUUUGAAACCUUGUGCGAAAACUACCUUGCCCGUAAAAUUAAGCAAGAAAGGUUUGGCUUUGAUGCCGGAAAAUGGGUUCUGGCUGAAAGUACAGCGUAGAAACAAUAUAUAAUCUAAGAUUUAAGCUUAGUAAUACAGCGUCUUAAUUAAUUCGUGAAGACGUAUUAAGCGCACUGAAUGUGAAUUAAAUUGAAUGCAACCUGUUGUGUAAUGUUUUAUGAUGUACGGAAUAAAAAGUAAUAUGAAACAGUCUGUAAUCAA